AUGGAUUAUUCAUAUCGUCUUCUGUUCCAGCUGCUGGAGGAUAACAUCAUCACCUUUGUGAAGAAUGAGCUGAAGAAGAUCCAGAAGGUUCUGAGUCCAGUUUACCCAGAAUCCUUAGGGAGCCAAAAAGAGGAUGAGGGGGUUUUAAAGGGUGGAGAUAAAGAGGAAACCAGGUACAGGAAAGCAUUUGUGAAAAUCACACUGCACUUCCUGAGGGAACUGAAGCAAGGAGAACUGGCUGACUGUCUGCAGAGCAUUCUGGAGGAUGUACUGAAAACCAGAGAGCGAGAGAAGCUGCCCAGUACUCUGACUGAGAUGUACAUCUACUUCCUGGUGGUUCAGGCUAAAGUGACGAAGAUCUUUAAAGAGGAGAGAGGACUCUACCAAGACAAGGUGUUCUGCUUUGUCCACCUGAGUGCUCAGGAGUUUCUUGCUGCUCUUCAUGUCCAUCUGACCUUCAUCAACUCUAGAGUCAACUUGCUUAAGGAGCAACAAAAAACAUCCCAUCACUCUGAAACAGAUAAAAACUUCUACAAGAGUGCUGUGGACAAGGCCUUACAGAGUCCAAAUGGACACCUGGACUUGUUCCUUCGUUUCCUCCUGGGUAUGACACUGGAACACAAUCAGACUCUCCUACAAGGCCUGGUGACACAGACAGGAAGACGCUCACAGAUGGAUCAGGAAACAGUUCAGUACAUCAAGAAGAUGAUCAAGGAGGCUCUUCUGAGGCUGCUGCCAGUAGUCAAAGCUUCCAGCAAAGCUCUACUGAGUGGCUGUAACCUCUCAGAGAGAAGCUGUGAAGCUCUGUCUUCACUUCUCAGAUCCUCAUCCUUUAGUCUGAGAGAGCUGGACCUGAGUAACAACAACCUGGGGGACUCAGGAGUGAAGCUUCUGUCUGUUGGCUUCAAGAGUGCACACUGUAAACUGAAAACUAUCAGAUCAUCUACAAAAAUAGCCGCCACUACUAGAUCCAUGGCAGUUCUGAACAACCUGGUAAAGUCACACAACAUGGUUGACGUUUGGAGGCUUCAGCAUCCAAAUGACAGUCUUUCAGGCUGUCUGAUCACAGAGGAAGGCUUUGCUUCUAUAGCUUCAGCCCUGAGCUCCAACCCCUCAAAUCUGAAACUGCUGGACCUGAGCUACAAUCAUCCUGGAGACUCUGGAAUGAAGCUGCUAAAGGAUCAACACUUGAGACUGGACACUCUCAGGGUGGAGCCUGCUGGAGAACAAUGGUUGACACCAGGUCUGAGGAAGUAUUCCUGUCAACUCACAAUCGACACAAACACAGUACACACAAACCUCAAGCUUUCUGACAACAACAGGAAGGUGACACAUGUGGAGGAGGAUCAGACAUAUCCUGAUCAUACAGACAGAUUUGAUUCCCAGUAUCCUCAGCUGUUGUGUAAAAAUGGUCUGACUGGUCGCUGUUACUGGGAGGUCGAGUGGAAAGUAGAGGUUCAAAUAUCAGUGAGUUACAGAAGAAUCGAAAGGAAAGGAGACAGUAAAGACUGUUUGUUUGGAAGAAAUGAUCAGUCUUGGAGUCUGUUCUGCUCUGAAGUUAAGGGUUACUCUGUCGUUCAUGGUAGCAGAGAAACAUAUCUGUACCCCCCCUCCUCCCCCCCCUCCUCUGUCUCUAACAAAGUAACAGUAUAUGUGGAUCAUCCUGCUGGCACUCUGUCCUUCUACAGAGUCUCCUCUGACACUCUGAUCCACCUCCACACCUUCAACACCACAUUCACUGAACCUCUUUAUCCUGGAUUUACAGUCUGGUUUCCUGGUUCCUCAGUGUGUCUGUGCUGAGUUGAGUGUGAAGCACUCUCACUGUUUAUGUUGUGCAUGUUUGUCUCUUUCAAUCAGAAACACAUUUUCAAUUUCAUGGAUUCAAUCAGUUGUUGUUUUAAACUGUUCUAAAUGAUUUCUUGCAAUCGUCUUCCUCUUCAGUGCUUGAAAGAUGGAAGCUACGAUUAUUCCAGGAUCCACAUGUUGUUUUUCUGUGUUUUAAAGUUCAUGGUGAAUAUUUGUGUGUUGUGUAUCUCUGAAGCAUAAUUCAUCUGAGACACUUCAGUUUGUGUCAGGGGCACUUAGUUUGACACAAAAGAUGAAUUUACAAACUGUUCAGAGACAUUUACACAUUAUUGUCCAAUAGAUACAUGUUUGGGGAGCAGCCACAAUUCACUGUGAUUUUUAUUUUUGCUGUUAGAAUGUGGAAAUGAUGGCUGGACGUUAGCUUGCCUAUAGUUGCUUAGAUAAUCCAUUAGAAAACAGUUAUAAGUGUAGUUCCCAACAUUGUACAAUUCUGAAUCAUUAUUUUCUACUUUAAUUCUAAACUAAAACUGAGUCUGACUAGCCAGCAUAUUACAUUGAGCCUCUCCAGUUUGAUCAGCAGAGAAAACAGAUAACUUGUACAUGGUCAAAAUAUUCAUUUUCAUUUUCAUGUUUAAAAUAUGAUGAAUUUUCAGGGAGUUUUUAGUCUUUAAAACUGCCAUCUCUAACUGUGAAAGAGUUUGACUCUAAGUUGAUGAUUUGUCCCUCUGCACGUAAAAAAUAAACUACAUUCUGAUAUUCACAACUGGCUCUCAUUAAAUAUCUAAUUUGUUCCUUCAUUUUCUACCUGUGAAGUAGAAUUGAUGAUAACACUGAUGCUAAACAUUCUCAAAUUUGUGAGA